AGAUAUUCACAAACUGACUUAUUGGUGAAACCAAGUAACAGUUAACACUUAAAAGUGAGAAGUAUCAGACUUUCAUGUUUUUCGUCAAAAGUAAACAUUUUUUGUCAGGUUGAAAAGGAACCAUGUUUUCUUGUGUUGUGUUCUAAUGCCUCCAGAAAGAAGAAAGGGAAGCCAGAUCCCUCCUCCUUCUGGGUUAGGAAUGAGACCAAAGAGUUUAAUACCAAAACCUGGGGCCCAUUCAUCUGGCAGUGGUAUCGACUUCGGAAAUGGGAUUGUUCAUGUAGAUGAGACAUCAAAAACACCUUCUGAGAAAACACCUUCACCGGUUGAUUCCGAGUUGUUUUCUAAAUGGAAUGAGUGGAUUGGCCAGCGUGUGUGUGUGGGAGGAGCGAAACGAGGGGUUUUGCGCUUUUUUGGACCUGUUGAAUUUCAAAUUGGGAUAUGGUGUGGGGUCGAACUUUUCGAACCAGUUGGUAAAAACGAUGGAUCAGUCAAGGGUAUCAGGUAUUUUUCUUGUGAGGACAAUUAUGGAAUAUUUGCCCCUAUAAAGAAAGUAGAAAAAAUAUGUUUGCCUCACAAUCUACCUGAUAGUGGAACUUUGAGAGAACCUGAACAAACCGUAGAUUCAGUACAAGCUAAGUCAAAACUUCCUGCGCCGAAGGUACUAUCAAAGUUUCCAUUACAAACUGGAAAGUUUUAUCCACCUAAAGAUGUAGAUGCAGAAAACCGUCUAGAUGAUCACAGGAGGAAGAUACCCCCUCCAAAAACGUUUUUUUAUAAAGAAAACAAAACAAAUGUAAAGAGCCAAUGUGAAAAUAUCAAUGUCACUCAGACAAUUGAAUCUGAAGCGUUUCAUCUAGAAGAUUGUCAAGUAGAUGAGAAUGAUAAAACAUAUGGCGGAGAUGACUUUGUACAGGGAAGUAUAGACAAUGAAGUGUUUCAGAGAGGCUCGCUGAAUGUGUCGUAUACUGUUGAUACAGAAGGCAAUAGUUCUAAUGGUUAUCAGGCCAAACAGGACCCAAACCUAACAUUCCACAUGACCAAUACUCCUGUGGAUAUUACGUUUGUGCAGGAAGAAAGAAAAGAUGAACACAAUAUAACAUUUGACAGUACUUCAACUAACCAACCCACUGAAAAAUUGAAUUCAACCUUUGACUUGGAAUAUACACCUUGUUUGAAUUCUGUUAACACUCAAGAGUCUCCACCAUUUCCCACUUCUGAGGGUAAUGAAGCCAACACAACCUUCAACUUGGAAGAACAGCCCCAUAUUACUGAAUACUUAAUGCGUCGCCCAGGAGAGUUCCUAAACCAGAUUGAAGGGCAUAAUUUAGAUUAUAUUUCUGAAGGAGACGAUGAGUAUGAUGAUGGUUUGUCUCUUGAUUUUGAAGACAGUCUUGGAAUUUUAACUCCUAAUCAGAUGAAAGACUUUACUCUGUAUAGCGAACACCACUCCCUUAUUGCCGAGCUUGAUGCAGUGAUGCUUCCAAAAACAUUUUCUUGUGAUGAGAUGAAUGAGCUACCCGAGUCCGAAAUGGUGGAAGAUGUAACCAUAGAGUACAGGGACACCAGCAGUCAAGAUACUCAACAUAACACCUGCUCUACAGCAGAAGACGCUAACACCUUAACCCAAGAAAGCAAGAACUCUUUGUCUACUGAUAAAAUAAUGACCAGGGAUCCACAGGGAUCUUUGGAAUGCUUACCUGAAUUAACUGAUGACAAAUCAGAUUCCGUUAACUAUUUUGCCGAAGAUGCCAUCCACACUUCCACGCCCUCUAGCGUAUAUGAAAAGUCUUCAACUCGCAACCUGCUUCUUCAAAGUGUGGAAUAUGGUUUGGAAAAUAGCCUGAGUCAACACUUGAAUGAAGAAGUUUCCACACCUCCAGGUCAGGCGGAUAGUCUUGGCAAGUUACCAAUUAAAAUAUUAGAGAAUGAGUAUUUUAAAGAUGGAGUUUGUAAAGAACAAGAUGUUUCUAGGGUCGAAGAUCAGGAACUUCCUAGUCUUACUUUAAUACAAGAAAGUUACUCUUCUGUAGGUGGUUUGAUAGAGAAUACUUUAGUAAUAGCUAGCGCUAGGCCUUCUCGGGUAUCGGAAGAUAUAAUGAACGAAGGGAGGCUUUUGGACUCAUUGAAUCUGAAGCAACUAGACAGUGACAAAUCUGACACUCGUGAUAAACCAGUUACAUGCAACCAGGAAAUAAGUAAUCAUACUGAAAGGUCAAACGAAAUGACCAACAGCAAAGUAUUUGUUCCAGUGAAUGAAGACCAAGUGUUCAGUAGAGAAACGUCAUUUGAUUCUAAGGAACGCCCUCUUUCCACAUACACUGUAUGCAGUGCUGAUACUGGUUUCCAGGGUGAUUUGGACUUGGAGGUUGGAGAAGAAUACAAUAUGCGAUUUUCAACUUACAGCGAAGACAGUGGAACGGUGUCAUUAGGACCAGAUAUUGAACAACAGUUGAGGAGUAGAAAUGAAAUGUAUUUUGAAGAAAUGAUCACAGAAGAAGAAAGUAAACAACUUGGAUCACAACAAUACGAAGUGACUCGUGAAAGUCCAGACAAAAUCCAAGAUGAUAUCAAAUGGGAAGAUACUACAAGCACUGAAGUUAGUAGUUCGACUAUUCCUGCUAAUCACCCAAUCACUGACGGCUCUGUUAAGGACCAAAUCAAAGACAAGACUCCUGAUAAUAAAAUCAAACAAGAAAAGAAGACUAAUAAAGACGAAUCUUUGUCAUUAACUGAUAAGUCAGGUAAAAAUACAGUGAUGGAAGAACCAAAAAAGAAGCCCAAGACACCAAAGAAGAACGUAAUGUCCAAAAUCAAAGCCAUGAUUGAAUCUACAUCGGUAAAAAAAAACAAAACUGAAACCACUGAGGGAGAGACGAAGAAGACACCAAAGAAAAGCCGCUGGGAUGCUGUAACAUCAAAAAUAAAGGCAAGCUUGGAUGAAGAGAAGUCAAAACCGAAGACAAAGAAAGAAAUAAAGAGUAGAAUUGACACAAAUCUAGCAUUAGCUCGACAACCUCAAGAAAAAAAGUCCUUUACAACUAAACCAGAUACAUCUGUCAAUGAAGGGAAUUCCAUAAGUGGUAGACAAUCAAAGCUUUCAAAAAAGUCUAGAAAUGCAUCCAAGUCACAGAGGUCACAAGAACAAAUCUGUGUAAGUCCUAUUAUCAUGGAUUCGUUGUACUCGCAUGAAGAUAAUAACUUAUCGUCAAUAUCACGUAGCAGCACCCUAAACUUUACAUCCAGUCUAAGUGAGGCCCUGCCAUCUAAUUAUAUUUCAGUGAACAGUGAGAACUUGAAAAAUUCCCUUACAACUAAGUCAGCCAUGUCUCCAACUCUCUCUGUUUCUCCUGCACCACCUAGCGAGAUGUCCACUGCAUCUUUGGCAUCUCAUGACUCUCGCUCACAGUCUCAAGUAGCUGUCCAAAAAAAGAAUCUUGCAUCUAAGACUGGUCCCAAAUCUACUAAAACAACUACAGCUUCGGCACCAAUAAGUGUAAGCUCGAAGCAAUCGACAGGAAAAUCUCAACCACCAGCUCAUAAACAAACACUCGUCAAGAAAGGUAAGACUAGAAA